AUGGCUUUCUCUAGGCAGACGUUGAGUCCGAUGCUCAUUCUCUCAACAAGCCUGCUAGUGAUUUCGGCUUUCAACUAUGGCUUCAGCGAUCAAGCUUUUGCGUCUUGCCAGGCCAUGGACGCUUUUGACCGGCAAUUCGGCUUUUAUAACGAGAAGACCGGUGUCUGGAAACGGCACCCUUUGUUCACGUCCUUGUAUAACAGUUUGAAAGCUGGUGGGCAAAUUAUUGACGUCUACCUCGGUAUGCAGAUGGCGGUAAUUCCAACAACUUUGACCGAACUCGCCCCGGCAAAGGUCCGUGGUGGAAUGGGAGUGCUGUACUGGCUUAGCAUCAAAGUCGGCGGUCUCGUCGUUACCUCCAUCACACGUGGAACAUCCAGCAUGUACUCAAAUGCGGCCUGGAGAAUCCCCUUUGGUCUUAUCCUCGUCGUCCCAUUCAUGAUCAGCUGGUCUAUCUGGUUCGUUCCCGAAUCCCCGCGGUGGCUCCUUCUCCGCGGUCGACACUCCGAAGCUCUUGUGUCUUUAACUAGACUCAAGCCUAAAAAUACACCCGAAGAGUCUAUACAAGAGGAGUUUGAAAUCUUGUCUCAAAAGGUGGCUCAUCAACUUGAGAAGAAGCGCUUCCGUGAUUUGUUCACGCCGCAGAACCGACAACGUACGUUCGUCGUUGUUGCUGCGAAUUUCUUCCAGCAAGCUACCGGCCAGGCCUUUGCUUCGCAGUAUGGUACUCUAUUUGUAAAGCAGCUGAAGUCGAUUAACGCAUUCAGUGUCACUCUCGGCACCAAUGCUGUUGAUAUUGGGGCUAUCGCUAUUUCGGGGUCUCUCAUUGAUCGCGUUGGACGCCGGGCAAUGUUCCAUGUCAGUUCGACGAUGCAAACCGCAGCAUUGAUGACAAUGGGUGCAUUGGGAACCGCAGGCUCGAGUAACGUGUCAGCCAAACAAGGAAUCGUGGCCAUGCUGGUCAUAUACAGCUUUAGUUGGUCUCUUGGCUGGGCGCCUCUUGUUUAUGUGCUUGGUGCAGAACUCCCAUCGUCUCCUCUGCGAGAGAUGACGUUGCAGAUUGCCUAUUUCGUGAAGCUCAUUACCGAGUAUGGAUUCCACCCAUUUCACUCCCUCCUCUUCAGACAUACCAUGAAGAAUAGUACUGACAUUGGCUUUUUUAGAUUUGCCGUGACAUUCUCCUACCCGUAUAUGGAGACGGCUGAUACACCAGGGCAUGUUUAUCUUGGUGGUAAACUGGGCUUUAUUUAUGGAUCCCUCUCGGCUGUAGCCAUUCUCUUUGGAUUCUUCUUCAUUCCAGAGACUAGUCGUCUGGAGCUUGAGGAUAUCGAUAGGAAGUUUGAUACACCUACCGUGGACCUUCUGAAGUCCGUCGAGGACCAAACGGAUGUGGAGCAACCGAGGGUGGCGGAGGUUCAUGAACAGAAGAACUAG